GAUGGAUACUUGGAACUUGAAAAUUCCAAUUUGCCGCGUAGACCCGUGUAGCUGACGUUUACAUUGCUGAACGAAGUGAGCGGUCUUGCUAUUGCUUCAGCAGACCCUCUUAUCAGGUAUCUCCCUUUUGGCUUGGUCAGCCCAGCGGCAAGCCGACGGGACGUGGGGAGACUAACCUGAGGCUGAAGUAAUCUGAGGGAGAAAGAGGGGCACGCCAUGUUCCCCUUCUCGGGAUGGGGGCUGCGCUGCCUCCGGCUCUGUCUGCUCAGAGUGUGGGCCGGCGAGGCCACCGGGCGCUGGGCCUGUGGGACAUGUCAGUCCCGGCUGUACGGCUCAGGUGGGUCCCAGCCCGAGGUCUCUAGGUCUGACCCUGCGCGCAGGACUCUGAAGGAGUGGGCGCUGCUGGUGAGCCCUUUCGGCCGGCUGCGGGCGCGGCUCCCAUGCCACCUGACCGUGAGGCCCCUGGACCCCCUCACCUACCCAGACGGCGACCGCGUGCUGGUCACAGUGAGCGGAGUGGAGGGCGGGGCGCGGGCCCUGGCCGGCCUGCAGGUGAACUACGACGAGGCGCAGAAGGAGGUGACCAUCGUGUCUGAUGCCAUCGACCACCAGGCGUCCGUGGAAGUGAACGCGCCCCUGAAGUUUGAUUUGAAUAUCCAGUCAUCAGGGUCUGGCUGUGUAAAGGUCCAAAAUAUUGAGUGUGAUAAUUGCAAAAUUGAAACUGAGCAGGGGACUAGCAUCUUACAGUCUGUUAAGAGUCAAAAAUUACAUGUUCAAACAACAGGAGGCAAAGUGAUCUGCCUGGGAACGGUUUAUGGAAAUAUAGAUAUCCAUGCAUCAGAUAAAAGUACUGUGACUGUAGAUAAACUACAGGGAAGUUCUGUUAAUAUAUCUACUGAAGAUGGUUUGCUGAAAGUCAAGUAUCUUUAUACAGAAUCAUCAUUUCUGUCUUCUGCUGCUGGGGAUAUUACAUUAGGAAGUGUUCAUGGUAAUAUAACAUUACGAAGCAAGAUGGGUAACAUCACAGUAGGUUCGUCUUCUGGAUGUCUAAAUGCCUUGGCUCAGCAGGGUGUCAUAGAUGUUUAUGUCAGCCAGCUGGGGAAAGUGGAAUUGAAAGUCCAUAAAGGCUCUAUUCUUGUCAAGGUUGCAUCUUCUCUUCAAGCUUAUUUACAGUUAUCAGGGAAAGAGAUUGAUGUGAACUCAGAUGUCCAUGUUGAAGAAAUGCAUGAAGCUCAUAGAGAUGAUGGUGUGAUAAUUACUGGAUUCCUGAAUCAAACAAGCAAACAUGAAAAAUGGAUUAAGGCUGAUGCCCCAAAAGGAACUGUACGUUUUAGAAGCCAAAGCUGGUUUCAGUCCCUGAAGCUGCAGGACUGAAUGACUUGAAUUACAUUUCUAACUUUUAACAAUGACUAGUAGAUCUAUGACUACAAAAAAGCAAAUACCAGUGUUCAUACAAAUGUUGAAAACAACAAACUGGAAUGUCUUGGAGAAAUCUUUUCAAAAUUUGUACUUCGCUGUUAGUUUUCUUUUGUAACAAAUUACCACAAACUUACUGACUUUAAAAAAUACCUGUUUGUUCUGGGAUCUUCUGAAUGCUGACACUACUCAGCACUAGCCCUAAGGCCUCUACAGUCAACCACCUCGUUACCUGGUUCCAUCAAUCAAUGGCCAGCAGCCUCUGCACAAGGAAGCACCUGGCAACCAAACAGAUCAGGGGCCAACCAAGCCUACCAGACCACCUACACAGUCAGUCUGCCAAAACAGAAAGACCCAUGCCCUCAUAGGGGGAACUCCUAAGGCAUAUAGCUUUUGAUGAGAGGAGAGUGCACUGCUGGAACACAGAUCACUUCAUGAUUGGAAAACACAACCAACCUGUCAGAUACAUAAAGAACAAAAACAGCUAGUUAGGCAAAAUGAGGCAAUGCAGGACCGUGUUCCAAACAAAGGAUUGAGAUAAAAAACUCCAGAAGAAGAACUGAGUGAAGUGGGAGAUAUGAAAUCUAACCAAGAAAGAGUUUAAGGAUAUCAUCAUAAAAAUGACCAAAGAACUUAGGAAAAGAAUGGCUGCACAGACUGAUAAGUUAGAAGUUUUUAACAAAGAAAAAAUAGAAAGAACAACCAAACAUAGAUGAAGAAUACAGUAACUGAAAUGAAAAAUGCACUAAAAUCAAUGUAGUAGACUAAAUGAUACAGAGGAAUGGAUCUGAAGCUGGAAAACAGAGUAGUGGAAAUCAGUGAUGCUGAAGAGAAAAUAAUGAAUAGAAAUGAGGAUAUUUUUAAGAGACUUCUGAGACAACAUCAAGCUCAUUUUUAUUUGCAUUUUAGGAUCCCCACAGAAUAGAGAGAAAGAGGCUGAGAACAUAAUUGAAGACAUAAUAGCUGAAAACUUUCCUAUCUUGGAAAAAACAAACAAAACCCAAAAUUAGUCAAAGGGAAGAAAUAAUAAAAAUCAGAGCAGAGAUAAAUGAAAUAGACUCUUAAAAAAUACAAUAGAAAAGAUCAGUGAAGCUAAGAGCUUGUUCUUUGAAAAGAUAAUCUGAAUUGAUAAACCAUUAGCCAGAUUCAUCAAGAAAAAAAAUAUCCAAUUCAAUAAAGUCAGAAAUGAAAAAGGAGAGGUUACAACUGAUGCUACUGGAAUACAAAGGACCAUAAGAGACUACUGCAAACAGCUAUAUGUCAAAAAAUGGGACAACAUUGAAGAAAUAGGCAAAUCCUAAAAAUGAAUGCUAAAAGGAAUCAACAGUAGACUCCCAAGACUGACUCAGGAAGAAGUAGAAAAUAUGAACAGAUCAACUAUAAAUAAUGAAAUUGAAUUAGUGACAAAAAAUUCCCAACAAACAAAUAGUUCAUGACCAGCUGGCUUUACAGAUGAAUGCUACCAAACAUUUAGAGACAGCACUUAUGCUUCUUAAAGUAUUCCAAAAAAUUGCAGAGGAAAGAACACUGCUGAACUCAUUCUACAUGGCCAGAAUCACCAUAAGAUCAAAACUAACAAAGAUAAUUACACACAUAUACAAAUUACAGGCCAUUAUAACCGAUGAAUAUUGAUGUGAAAAUACUGAACAAAAUAUUGUCAAAUCAAAUCCAACAAUACAUCAAAAGGAUCAUACAUGGUGAUCAAGUGGGAUUUAUCUCAGGGAUGCAAGAAUUUCUCAGUAUACACAAAUCAAUCAAUGUGAUACACCACAUUAACAAGUUGAAUAAUAAAAACCACAUGUCAUCUCCUUAGAUGGAGGAAAAGGUUUUGACAAAGUUCAGCUUUCAUUUAUGUUUAAAAACACUCCAGAAAAUGGGCCUAGAGGGAACAUACCUCAGCAUAAUAAAGACCAUAUAUGGCAAAUCAGUGCAAACAUCAUACUUAGUGGUUAAAAGCUGAAAGCAUUUCCUCUAAGAUCAGGAACAAGACAAGGAUGCCCACUCUUGCCCGUUUUAUUCAGCAUAGUUUUGGAAUUUCUUGCCACAGCAGUCAGACAAAAGAAAAAAAGGAAUAAAUGGAAUCCAGAUUGGAAGAAGUGAAGUGAAAUCACUCAGUCGUGUCCAACUCUUUGUGACCCCAUGGACUGUAGCCUACCAGGCUCCUCCCAUGGGAUUUUCCAGGCAAGAGUACUGGAGUGGGUUGCCAUUUCCUUCUUCAGAGGAUCUUUCCCACCCAGGGAUCGAACCCUGGUCUCCUGCAUUAUAGACAGACACUUUACCGUCUGAGCCACCAGAUUGGAAAGGAAGAAGUAAAACGGUCACUGUUUGCAGAUGAUACACUGUACACAGAAAAUCCUAAAGAUGACACUGACAAAACUACUAGAGCUUAUCACUAAAUUUGUAAAGCUGCAGGAUACAAAAUUAAUACAGAGAAAUCUGUUAUUUAUUUGCACACUAACAAUGAACUAUCAGAGAAAUUAAGAAAACAAUCCCAUUUACCAUCUCAUCAAAUAUAAUAAAACACUUAAGAAUAAACUUACCUAAAGAGGUUAAAGGUUUGUAUUUGGAAAACUAUAAGACACUGAUGAAAGAAAUUGAAGGUAAUUUGAACAGGUGGAAAGAUAUGCCAUGUUCAUUGAUUGGAAAAAUUAAUUUUAUAAGAUGACCAUACUAUCCAGGGCAGGCUACAGAUUCAAUGCAAUCUCUACCAAGGGCAUUUUUUUCACACAACUAAAUAUUUCUAAAAUUUUUAUGGAAACAGAAGACCCUAAAUAACUAAACGAUCUUCAGAAAGAAGGAAGCUGGAAGAAUCACAUGCUCUGACUUCAGAUUGUACUAAAAAGCUAGAGUAAUCAAAACAGCAUGGAAUUGGCACAAAAACAAGGGUGUAGAUCAGUGGAACAAAACAGAGAGCCAAGAAAUAAACCCAUGCACUUACUGUCAAUUAAUCUGUGACAAAGUAGGCAAGAAUAUAUAAUGGGAAAAAAGUCUUUUCAAUAAGUGGUGCUGGGGAAACUGGUCAAGUACAUGUAAAAGAAUAAAAUUAGAAUAUUCUCUAACACCAUAUGCAAACACAAAUUAAGGAUGGGGAGGGAGGCUGGAGGGGGGAGCGGGAUGGGAAACACAUGUAAAUCCAUGGCUGAUUCAUGUCAAUGUAUGGCAAAAACCACUACAAUGUUGUAAAGUAAUUAGCCUCCAACUAAUAAAAAUAAAUGAAAAAAAAAAAAAAAGAAUUAAAUGUAAUACCAGAAACAAAACUUCAAGAAGAAAGCAUAGGUGGAACACCCUUUGACAUAAAUUGUAGCAAUAUUUUGGAUGAGUUCUCCUAGAAUAAAGAGAGUGAAAAAAAAAUAAACAAAUGGCACCUGAUUAAAUUUAAAGGCUUUUGCACAGCAUAGGAAAUCAUCAACAAAAUAAAAAGACAACCACUGAAUGGGAGAAAAUAUUUGCAAAUGAUACAGCCAAUAGAGGGUUGUAUCCAAAAUAUACGAACAGCUCUUACAACUCAAUGUAAAAAAAAAAAAAAAACUGAUUAAAAAAUGGGCAGAUGAUCCAAAUAGACAUUUUUUUCCUAAACAAGUCAUACCAGUGGCCAUCAUCACUUAAAAAGAUGCUCAACAUCAUGAUAAUCAGAUAAAUUAAAAUUAAAAGCAUAAUGAGAUAUCACUUCACAUUUGUCAAAAUAGCUAUCAUCAUAAAAUACCACAAAUAAAAAAUAUUGGCAAGGAUGUGGAGGAAGGAGAACCUUCUUAUACUUAGUGGGAACGUAAAUUGGUGCAGCCACCAUGGAGAACAGUAUGAAGGUUUUGCAAAAAAAAAAAAAAGAAAAAACCUAGGACUAACAUAAGACCCAGCACUUCUACUCCUGGUUAUUUAUCUGAAAAAACAAAAAACAUUAAUUUGAAAAGAUACUUGCACCCCAAUAUUAAUAGCAUUUACAAUUGCUAAGAUAUGGAAGCAACCUAAGUGUCCAUUAACAGGUGAAUGAAUAAAGAAGAUGUGGUAUAUAUAAAUACAAUAAGGGACUUACCUGUUGGUCUAGUGGCUAAGACUCCACACUCCCAGUGCAGGGGUACCAGGUUCAAUCCCUGGUUGGAGCCAGAUCCCAUAUGCUGCAACUGAGAGUUUGCAUGCUGCAGUGAAGAUUGAAGAUCCCAGAUGCCACAACUAAGAGCCAGCACAGUCAGACAAAUAAAUAUUUAAAUACAAUGGAAUAUUACUCAGCCAUGAAAAAUAAUGAAAAUUUCAGCAACAUGGAUAGACCUGGAGGGUACUAUGCUAAGUGAAAGUAGUCAGAGAAAUAUGCAUACUAUAUAAUAUCACUUAUAUGUGGAAUCUGAAAAAUACAGUUACUGAAUAUAAUUUUUAAAAAAGAAACAUACAUACAGAGAACACAUGAGUGGUUACCAGUAGGGAGUGGAAAGUGCAGAGGGAACAGGAUAUGGGUAGGGGAUUAAGAGGUACAAACUGCUAUAUAUAAAAUAAGCUGCAAGGAUAUAUAGUACAACAUGGGAUAUAGCCAAUAUUUUGUAAUAACUAAAAUUGAAUGUAACCUUUGAAAAUUGUCAGUCACUAUAUUGUAUACCUUAAACUUACAUAAUAUUGUAUAUCAACCAUACCUCAUUAAAUUUUUUUUAAAAUAUGAGUUAUUAAGCUUAAAAAUGUAGAAGGCAAUGGCACCCCACUCCAGCACUCUUGCCUGGAAAAUCCCAUGGACAAAGGAGCCUGGUAGGCUGCAGUCCAUGGGGUCGCUAAGAGUUGGACACGACUGAGCGACUUCACUUUCACUUUUCACUUUCAUGCAUUGGAGAAGGAGAUGGCAACCCACUCCAGUGUUCUCGCCUGGAGAAUCCCAGGGACAGCGGAGCCUGGUGGGCUGCCGUCUAUAGGGUCACACCGAGUCGGACACGACUGAAGUGACUUAGCAGCAGCAGCAACAGCAGCAAGCUUAAAAAAAAACAACCCUGUUCAUCAGCUCACUGUUCUGUAGAUCAGGAGCUCAGUGUGGUUAGAUUCUCUAUUCACGGUAUUGCAAGGCUGGACUUAAGGUGUUGGCCAGACUGAAUUCUCAUCUGGGUGAUCUGAGAAAUAUUCUACUUCCAGGCUCAUUCAUAUUAUUGGCAAACUCCAGUUCAUCAUGACUGUGUGACUGAGAUCUGUUUCCAUUCUGUCAGUUGGCAAGCACUCUAAGCUUCUAGAAACCACCUGCAUCCCUUCUCAUGUGGCCCUCUCCAUUUUCAAGCCAGCAAUAAUGCAAUUAGUCCUUCUCAUACUUUGACUAUCUGAGUUCUUUUUCUGCAACCAGCUUGAGAUAACUGCUUUUGAAGAGCUCAGAGGAUUAGGUCAGGCCUACUCAGGAUAAUCUUUGUUUUGUCAUCUAAUCUAAUGUAGUCAUAAAAUGAUAUUUCAUCAUGUUCAUAGUUUCCACUUGAAGAAAUUGUACAAAAAUAAUAGGUAAUAGGGGGCAGUUAUUUAAAAAUUCUUUGUACCAGGGCUCUUGUAUAAAAUGUUUUCUACUUAGCAUUUAUUAUGACAACAAUAUAAAUUUAAGCUGUGGCUAUAUCACAAAUACAUACACAAAUAAAAUACAUCAGAAAUCUGAUACAAUUGCUACUGAUUCUUUUUUUUUUUAAUGUAAUUUAAAGCAUAAUGCAUUCUGGUGGUGGGGCAGCAUUCAACUACUUUAUAGCCUGUUGUAUGAAGAUAGAUUUUUACUUUUACAGUGAUGUACUAUCUAAGUUAUUUUAUGAAUUUUCUUUCUUCCAAACCUUGUUGAUCCCUGGAAGAUUUAAAUUAUAUAAUACUGAAUAGAUGUUAUCUAUUGGAUUGUAUUUCUUUGGUCUUAAAUUCUGAUUUUCUAAUAAACCUUUCCAAAUAUGA